CUACCUCUCCGCCAUCUCUACCGCAAUCCCCUCUUCUCUCAACCUUAAUUUCGACCUCCCUCACAAAACUCUAACCAUGGCCUCCCAAGAUCUCAAACACCGAACCAAACAACAAGAACAAACCCAACCAGAAGUGAUUACCGCUGACACUAGUACUGGCGACGCAAAGCAAAAGAAAACCGGCACGGCGCGGCGGGGCCUCCGCUCAUUGAUCGUCGCCGUCGCCUUCCCAUUAUCCCUCGCACUUCUCGAUAUCUUCUACUUCGGAUCCAGCAAGCGCUACCGCAGCCUCCACAAGCCCUUCUACUUCCCGCCUCUUUGGGCCCUGCACGCCGCCUGUCUGGCGACUGCGUUCCUGUCGGGCCUCUCGGCGUGGCUUGUCUGGGCCGAAGGAGGAUUCCACCGCAAUCCCACCGCUUUGAUUCUAUACUUGGGGCAGCUGGCGAUCACCCUCGGAUGGUACCCGGUUGUGUUCGGGGCGGGGGCGAUACGUGUCGGGUUGGUCCUGUGUGGCGUGCUGUUCGGAGUGCUGGUGGGGUGCACGAGGAUAUUUAGGAAUAUGAACCCGAUUGCUGGGGAUCUAGUGAAGGCGUGUUUGGUGUGGGCGGUGCUUCUUUCUGUUGUGAAUGUUAGGCUUGUGUAUCAAUGAUGAGAGAAAUUCUCUCUUGUCAUGGUCUUUUCAUACGUGUAUGCAUGCAGCAGGUGGUUCUGAUCUCUCUCUCUCGUUGAUCAGCUCUUUCUCUCUCUAUAUCUAUAUGUAAAAAUAUGUUACAAUUUGGGAAUAUUAGGACUGUUAGAUGAACCAUAUCCGUUAAGACAUGAAUGCGGUUUUACAGUUUGUCUGUGUAGUGUGUGUAAAACAACAUGCAUGGUGUUGAGCAAGUAGUGUAACCAUUCGCCAGGUUGAUGGCCGAGAAGAAUCCCUUUAAAAUCUUUGCCUACCACCAUUUUUA